AUGGGCACGUUGGUGGUGGGUGACGAGUGCUAUGACAUGGUGGCCACAGUGGGGAAGGGUACCUUUGGGGAGGUGACCCAGGGCUGGAGGAGGAGCACAGGGGAGAUGGUGGCCAUCAAGAUCCUGAAGAACGAAGGUCACCACGGCCAGGUGGUGAAGAACGAGCUGAGGCUGCUGCAGGCCUUGCGGGAGGUGGACACGGAGGAGUCGCACGUCGUCCGUUUCCUUGAGUCCUUCAGUGAUGGUGCCUGUACCUACCUGGUCUUUGAGCUGCUGGAGCAAAACCUCUUUGACUUCCAAAAGCAGAACAACUUCUUGCCGUUGCCUGUCCGGCACAUCCGGACCAUCACAGCUCAGGUGCUGGCAGCAUUGGUGAAGCUGAAGGAGCUCUCCAUCAUCCACGCUGACCUCAAACCGGAGAACAUCAUGCUGGUGGACCACGCACGCUAUCCUUUCCACGUCAAGCUCAUCGACUUCGGCUCGGCCAGCAUCUUCCCUGAGGUCCGCCAUCUCGAGGAACCCUACAUCCAAUCCCGCUUCUACCGGGCACCGGAGAUCUUGUUGGGGUUGCCUUUUUGUGAGAAGGUGGACAUCUGGUCUUUGGGUUGCGUGAUGGCUGAGCUUCACUUGGGUUGGCCGCUCUACCCCGGCAUCAAUGAGUACGACCAGGUCCGCUACAUCUGCUCCACCUUGGGGCUACCACGGGGUGAGUUGCUCUGUGCUGCCCGGAAGACAUGGUCCUUCUUCCGAUGGGUGCCACAUCCCACCGGUUCCUGGCAGCUCAAACCACCAAGCAAGGAGACGGCGAAGCCAACGGAGAGGAGGAAGUUUAUCUUCUCCUCACUGGAUCAGUUGGCGGCAGUGAACAUCCGCCCGGUGUUUUAUCCUGGCCGGGAAGCGCUGGCCGAGCGCUGCGACCUGCACGGGAUGGUGGAGCUGGUCAAGAGGAUGAUCACCUGGGACUCGCAUGAGAGGAUCACGCCCAGCGCCGCCCUCAAGCAUCCCUUCAUCUCCUUGCAGCAGGUGAAGUCCAGCUUCGAGGCCACCCGGUACUACCAGCUCUGCCAAGAAGACUUGAGGGCAUCCCGUAAGGCUGCCGGCGCCGUUGAGGUCUUCCCCGGCGUGGAGGAAGGUGCCUUCAUCCCCAGCAUCCAGAAGGCCAUCACCCAGAUGGAUGGGCUCAGCCUGUCUGAGCCGGGUGGAGCCCAGUGCCAGUAA